AUGUCAGAUGUCACUGACUCUUCUUCUUCUACUCCUAUUGUGACGGUUCAUACCGAAUCGUCCACCAACCUACCUAUGGGAUUCAAAUUGAAUGGAUCCAACUAUGAGAUAUGGGCUUCGAUGAUCGAACUUCAUGCUACUACACAAGGCAAAUUGGGUUACCUGACUAGCGACACUUAUGCCCCUGAUUCCAAAGACCCGAAAUUUGGGAAGUGGAAAAUUGCUGAUGCUGUUGUGAAAAGUUGGAUGCUACGAACUAUGAAACCCAGUUUGUUGAAUAUGUUUCAUACUCUAACUACUGCUAAGGAAAUUUGGGAUGCUGUUAAUAAGAUGUUUUAUGAUGACUCUGACAUAUCCCAGCUCUAUGAACUGCGGUGCCAGGCUACCCGUCUCAAGCAAGAGGGUCGUCCUGUAUCUACCUAUUUUGCCAAACUUAAGGCAAUCUGGCUUGAAUUGGACAAGAGACGUCCUUUUCAGAUGAAGUGUGUUGAUGAUAUGAAGACUUUUCAGGCUGCUGUUAUGGCAGAUCGUGUGUAUGAUUUUUUGGCUAGCCUUGAUGAUACUUAUGACAAGGUCCGAAGUGAUAUUCUACGAAGUGAUAAAGUUCCAAGUAUCAAAAAUGUAUUUUUUAUGGUUCGUCGAGAGGCUCAACGCCAGAUUACUGUGCUUGGAUCCAGCACUAAGAUUGGGGAACCUGCUGUUGUGUUUGCUUCCAAAAACACUGCUUUGGUUUCUCAGCGUACAGGGUCUGGCUCUUCUGUUGUUCCGCUUUGUCACCUGACUUCUGCAGAAAAAGACAAAGUGAAGUGUGAUCAUUGUGGUGAAAAGAGACAUACUAUCAACACCUGCUGGGCAUUACAUGGGGUACCAGAUUGGGAGAAGGAGCGAAGGCGUUUCAAAAAGGAACAACUGGACAGCAAAGCUCAUGUAGCUGUUGCCCCCACUUCUGUGACUGACAUCACCACUAGGCACGACCACCUUACUGCUACUCCUCCUCCGACUUUGACCGCCAUCUCAAGCACUCCAACAUCUCCGCCUCCAGGUAACGUUGGCAAGGCUUUCCAUGCCCAUGAUACCCAAGAUACAGGUUGGAUUAUUGAUUCAGGAGCUACUGACCAUAUGACGUAUAAUUCUGCUUUAUUCUCUACUACUCUUCCGCCUCAUCGUGAUCAUGUUCUGACUGCUAACAAUGUUGCUGCUCCUGUCACAGGAGCUGGUUCUAUACUCUUGACACCUGCUUUACCAUUGGACAAAGUGUUACUGGAUAUCCAGACUCGGGAGAUUUUUGGUCGUGGUACUAAAAAAGGGGGGCUUUAUUAUGUGGAUGAUGUGGCAACUAGUCGGGUUCUUCGUGUUGGUAGCACCGAAACUUCUCAGCAUCGCCGAUUUGGUUGCUACAUUACUGAUUUGACUUGUAUUUUAGCUAAGAGUCAUCGGGUAUCCUACCCUCCAAGUUGUAAUAAACGGCUUAUGCCAUUUGAUUUAGUUCAUUCUGAUGUUUGGGGACCUUCUCCGGUUUCUACAGCUUUGAGACGUUUCUAUCAGAUGUUUCAGACUCAAUUUAUGCUCCCUAUCAAGGUUUUUCGAUAUGAUAAUGGUGGAGAAUUUAUUAAUUCGGCGUUAUCCCAUUUUUUUCACACUAAGGGAGUACUCCAUGAGAAUACUUGCCCUCAAACACCACAACAGAAUGGGGUUGCUGAACGUAAAAAUGGGCAGAUCCUUGCUGUUGCCUGUGCUCUGCUGCUUGGUGCAUCAGUACUGACCCAUCAUGUCUCUGCCUCUUCUAUGUUGACUCUGUCUCCAAAGGUGUUUGGUUGUGUCGUCUAUGUUCACCUCCAUCAAAAUCAGAGGAGUAAGCUGGACCCAUGUGCUCUCCGUUGUGUCUUUCUGGGUUUCUCUCCUCAUCAGAAAGGUUACCGAUGCUAUCAUCCAGCAACCUGGCGUCUAUAUGUCUCUAUGGAUGUUACCUUUGUUGAGGAUGAAAUGUUCUUCUCUGAUACACCCGAGCAUGUCCUUCAUGGGGAGACUAGUAGUGAAAGGCAUAGCUGGCUAGAUUUACAAGGGGGAGUAGUAUUGGAUAGUUUGAUACAAAGGGAAGAACCGACCGAACCGACCGAACCUACUGAACCUGCUACACUGGCAGAACCUGCUAGACUAGCUGAACCUGCUAUUUUAACUGAUGUCACUACUGUCACUGAAUCGAUUGCCCCCAUGAAGCUUCUCUAA